AAGGACAAUAGGUCUCGUUUCUGGGGGAUAUACAAACGAGUUACAGCAGAAUACGACGAUGAGUUCCUCGUCCGAUACCACAGCGACAUGAGCGACAUCUUGCUCAUCUCUGGUCUUUUAUCUGCUGCCAGCAUGUCUUUCAUUGUCACGAUGGAGUCCAAUCUCAGUCCCGACCCUAGCGACACCACGAAUGCCCUUCUCGCGCAACUCGUGCAGAUCGGACUCGGCAACCUCACUGCAGCGGGCUCCAUGCAUGCAGACCCAGCGUCUACAUGGUCGCCGACUGUGCUGGCUGUGGGGGUCCAAAUGUUCGCAUACACAAGCUUGUCCAUGAGCUUGCUAGCGGCAUUCGGGGUCAUACUAGGCAAGCAGUGG